AGCUUGAGACAAAGUUUAAUCAUUUAGUCCCUUUCUCUGUUUUCUUCUAUAGUUUACUUUUCUUUAUUUAAUAGAACUAAGAAAAAAACCAGCCAUGCAUCACACUUUUAAAAGCCUCCCCUUCUUCUCCCUUCUCUGUUUUCUUUGUAUAAAAAACACAAAAGAUUCAAAAAAGCAAAAGCAGAGACGGAGGAAAAAGCUUGAACACCAAAUCACACAAUCAAAAUUUCACAAAUCAUCUUUCCAUUUACCCACCCCAAAAAAGCAGAAAACACACCCAUUAAGCAAACUUUAAAGCAAAAUGCAAAGCCAAAGCCAAAACCAAAACCAAAGCAAAACCAUCACAAUCCCACUCCUUAUAUACCCUUUACGCUCAUUAGUCUUUCCCUUUUUACCACUGCUGAAAACAUGUCGAAUGAGAUUGUCCCUGUUGAUGAUCCCAUUGAAGAACCAAAACCCAACAAGAAACCAGUCGUUUACGAUGAAGAUGAAGGGAGUAAGGGUGUUGUAAAAUCACUUACUUAUUAUGGUGAAAGUAGUAGUAGUGGAAGUGGUGGGUAUGUUCCUGAAGUGUUUAACAGUGAAAGUUUGCCUUCUACUUUGGCUUCUGAAAUCCAAAGAUUUCUUAGAGUUGCUAAUAUGUUGGAAUGGAAAGCCGCUCGUGUUGCUUAUCUUUGUCGUUUUCAUGCUUUUGAAAUAGCACAUAACUUGGACCGUAAUUCAACAGGAAGGAAAGUUAGACAGUUUAAAACCAUGCUUCUUCAAAGGCUUGAACGUGAUGAAGAAACUUCAAAAACAAAGAGGAAGGAACAGAGUGACUCACGAGAACUUAAACGUGUUUAUGAUGAAAAUAGGAGAUAUAUCAGCCAACAUGCGGAAGCAUUUGACUUGGAAAAUAGUCAUGGAGAGAAGUUGCUAGAUGCAUGUAGAAUUGCUUCUGUGUUGUAUGACGUACUAAAGGCAGUUAUAGCUGGUCCUCAGGCCCUUGCUGACAGAGAGAGCAUUCAAGCUAGAACUGAGUUGUUUGCCUACAAUAUUCUGCCACUUGAUCAUGGAGGUAUUCAGCAAGCAAUUAUGAAAUUUCCUGAGAUUAAAGUUGCUAUUCAAGUUAUUCGUAAUGUCCGUGGUUUACCCUCAACCCAGAACCUUCCAAAACGUGGGACUUUCAUAGAUUGUUUUGAAUUUCUUCAGUAUUCUUUUGGGUUCCAGAAAGAAAAUGUAGCCAACCAGAGGGAACAUCUUGUUCUACUCCUUGCUAAUGUGCUUUCUCGGCACUCUCGGAAGCAAGCGUUGGCCUUGAAGACAAUUGAUGCGUCUAUUGAUGAGCUAAUGAGAAAGUUUUUCAAAAAUUAUACAAACUGGUGCAAAUUUUUGGUCAGAAAAAGCAAUAUCAGGUUGCCUUGUGUCAAACAAGAUGCUCAGCAAUAUAAAAUUCUAUAUAUAGGUCUUUAUCUUCUUAUUUGGGGAGAGGCUGCGAACCUGCGAUUUAUGCCAGAAUGUCUUUGUUAUAUCUUUCACCAUAUGGCAUAUGAAUUGCACGGUAUGUUAACUGGUGCUGUUAGUAUGACAACUGGUGACACAGUCGAGCCAGCGUAUGGUGGAAGCCAUGAGUCUUUCCUUAGCAAUGUGGUUACCCCCAUAUAUGAAGUCAUACGUAAGGAAGCUGAGAAAAACAAAUGUGGAACAGCAGACCAUACUACAUGGAGGAACUAUGAUGACCUGAAUGAGUUUUUCUGGUCUCCUGAUUGUUUCCAAAUAGGUUGGCCUAUGCGUCUGGAACAUGAUUUUUUCUGCACAAGUUCUCCUAAGAAGAGCAAAGUUAAGACUUCUAGGAGUGCUAGAGAACAGAGGAAGGAAAAAGAAACUGAAGAUGAAGAACAGGGGUUAAACGAUGUAACUUCGGAGGAGAAUCGUGAACCAAAAUGGUUGGGGAAGACAAAUUUUGUAGAGAUCCGUUCCUUUUGGCAAGUUUUUAGGAGCUUUGAUAGGAUGUGGAGCUUUUUUAUACUAUCCCUUCAGGCAAUGAUAAUUAUGGCUUGCCAUGAUGUUGGAUCUCCACUUGAAGUGUUUGAUGCCGUAAUAUUGGAGGAUGUUAUGAGCAUCUUCAUAACAUCUGCGAUUCUUAAGCUCAUACAAGCAAUUCUUGAUAUUACCUUCACAUGGAAAGCAAGAAACACCAUGGAGUUAUCUCAAAAACGGAUACAAUUGCUAAGGCUUGCUUAUGCGGUGAUAUGGACCAUUGUUCUUCCUGUUGUUUAUGCUCAAUCUAGGAGGAAAUAUACUUGUUAUUCCACACAAAAUGAAAGCUGGAUUGGAGAAUGGUGCUAUUCUCCCUUUAUGGUUCUUGUGGUAGUAUACCUAAUAACUAAUGCAGUUGAUCUAGUCUUAUUUUUUGUUCCGGCUGUUAGCAAGUACAUUGAAAUCUCAAACUGGAGCAUCUGCAGAACUAUAUCUAGGUGGACACAGCCUAGACUAUAUGUUGGGCGGGGAAUGCAAGAGACUCAAAUUUCUCUUUUCAAGUAUACCUUUUUCUGGAUGCUAGUGCUGUCAACCAAGUUAGUGUUCAGCUACAGUUUUGAGAUAAAACCCCUAAUAGCACCAACAAGAGAAAUUAUGAAAAUUGGUGUGCAAACAUAUGACUGGCAUGAGCUUUUCCCCAAAGUCAGGAGCAAUGUUGGUGCUAUUGUGGCAGUGUGGGCUCCCAUAAUAGUUGUGUAUUUCAUGGACACACAAAUAUGGUAUUCUGUUUAUUGUACAGUAUGUGGAGGACUUUAUGGCAUUUUGCAUCAUCUUGGUGAGAUCCGGACAUUGGGAAUGCUGAGAAGUAGAUUUCAUUCCUUGCCUUCUGCAUUCAACCGCCUCAUCCCACCACCAUCAAAAAAGAGAACAAAAAGUUUACUCCAGAAUAUAUUUUGCAAGGUGUCCAAAAGUGAGGUAUUAGAUCAGAAGUUUGUUCUAGUCUGGAACCAAAUUAUCAGUAAUUUUAGAUCGGAAGACUUGAUAAGCAACAGGGAAAUGGAUUUGAUGACGAUACCUACAUCUGGGCUGUUUCCUGAAUUUAUUCGCUGGCCUAUUUUCCUUCUUGCAAAUAAGUUUUCAACAGCACUAAGCAUUGCAAGAGAUUUUGUGGGGAAGGAUGAGAAACUUUUUAAAAGGAUUAGAAAAGAUGAGUACAUGUACUUUUCUGUAAAGGAGUGCUAUGAGUCGGUGAAGUACAUCCUUGAAGUUCUUAUUGUUGGUGACCUUGAAAAGAGGGUUGUAUCAAACAUCGUGAAUGAAAUUGAGCGAAGCAUUGAAGAAUCAACUUUUCUUCAAGAUUUCAAGAUGAGUGCACUUCCGGCUCUACAAAACAAAUUUGUGGAGUUGCUUGAAUUAAUAGUUGAGGGAGAUAAAAAUCAAAAUGGUAAAGUUGUGCAAGUACUCCAAGAUAUCUUUGAGCUCGUAACAAAUGAUAUGAUGGCAAACGGUCACAGAGUAGUGGAUUUGAUAGAAUGCUCCCAAGAAGCUGUGGAUGAUUUUACUUUUUUCUCUAGAAAGAGAGAACCACAAUUAUUUGAAUCUGCUGCUAGCAAGACCUCUAUAUGUUUUCCUUUGCCUGAUGAUGGCCCUCUUACUGAACAGAUUCAGCGGUUGCAUUUAUUGCUUACUGUCAAAGAUAAGGCAAUGGACAUGCCUGCAAACUUAGAAGCCCGAAGGCGUAUUUCGUUCUUUGCUACUUCACUCUUUAUGGAUAUGCCUAGUGCUCCUGAAGUGUGCAGUAUGAUGUCUUUCAGUGUUAUGACCCCCCAUUAUAUGGAGGAUGUCAAUUUUUCAAUGAAGGAGCUACAAUCAAGCAAAGGACAAGUUUCUAUCAUCUUCUAUAUGCAAAAAAUCUUCCCAGAUGAGUGGAAGAACUUUUUGGAGCGUAUGGGAUAUCAAAACUUUAAUGAACUAAUAGAUGAUGAAAAGGAGGAAGAGAUUAGAAAGUGGGCUUCUUUUCGUGGCCAAACGCUAAGCAGAACAGUUAGAGGAAUUAUGUACUAUAGACAAGCCUUAAAAUUACAAGCACUUCUUGAAAUGCCUGAGUAUAAAGACGUUGUCCAGGAUGUUAAUGUUUUUGAACGAAAUAAUCCCAAGUCAUCUGCGGAACUAGAUGCCUUAGUAGACAUGAAAUUCACGUAUGUUGUCUCUUGUCAAAUGUUCGGAUCACAUAAAUCUUCUGGGGACCCUCGUGCAGAAGACGUAAAGGAUUUGAUGAUAAGGUAUCCAGCUCUACGUGUUGCAUAUAUUGAAGAGAAAGAAGAAAUAAUAGGAGAUAAGCCUCAAAAGGUUUAUUCUUCUAUUCUGGCAAAAGCUGUUGGUACUUUUGAUCAGGUAAUCUAUCGCAUAAAGCUUCCUGGUCCACCAAUCAUUGGUGAAGGGAAGCCAGAAAAUCAAAACCAUGCCAUAAUCUUCACACGUGGAGAAGCUCUCCAAACGAUUGACAUGAACCAAGACAAUUAUUUGGAAGAAGCUCUUAAAGUGAGAAAUCUUCUGCAAGAGUUUCAUCAUAACCGUGGGCGGCGCCCUCCUACAAUACUUGGUCUGAGGGAACACAUAUUCACUGGAAGUGUUUCUUCUUUAGCAUGGUUUAUGUCAUAUCAGGAAACCAGCUUUGUCACCAUUGGUCAAAGGCUUCUUGCCAAUCCUCUCAGGGUUCGCUUCCACUAUGGGCAUCCAGAUGUAUUUGAUAGGUUGUUUCACAUGACAAGAGGUGGAAUAAGCAAAGCAUCAAAAACAAUAAACUUGAGUGAGGAUGUUUUUGCCGGAUUCAACUCGACCCUGCGACGGGGAUGUAUUACAUAUCACGAGUACCUGCAAGUUGGCAAAGGUCGUGAUGUAGGCCUUAAUCAAAUCUCUAAGUUUGAGGCCAAAGUUGCUAAUGGGAAUAGUGAACAAACUUUAAGCCGUGACAUACACCGUCUUGGUCGUCGAUUUGAUUUUUUUAGGAUGCUAUCUUGCUACUUCACAACCAUUGGAUUUUACUUCAGCAGUCUGAUUUCUGUACUCGGAAUUUAUGUGUUCCUCUAUGGACAACUAUACCUUGUUCUUAGUGGACUAGAAAAGGCACUCCUCAUUGAGGCUAGAAUGAAAAACAUUGAAUCAUUGGAAACUGCUCUUGCUUCUCAAUCGUUUAUUCAGCUUGGUCUUUUAACUGGCUUACCGAUGGUAAUGGAGAUCGGACUUGAGAAGGGGUUUCUUACGGCCCUUAAAGAUUUUGUUCUUAUGCAACUGCAGUUGGCUGCUGUUUUCUUCACUUUUUCCCUUGGGACAAAAACCCAUCAUUUUGGUCGGACAAUUAUGUAUGGCGGAGCUAAGUAUAUACCUACCGGACGUAAGGUUGUGGUGUUUCAUGCCAGCUUUACUGAGAACUACAGAUUGUAUUCACGAAGCCACUUUGUUAAAGGAUUUGAACUGUUGCUCCUGUUAGUGGUUUACGAUUUGUUCCGGAGGUCCUACCAGAGUAGCAUGGCAUAUGUAUUAAUCACGUACUCUGUUUGGUUCAUGACCAUGACUUGGUUGUUUGCACCAUUUUUCUUUAAUCCUUCCGGAUUCGAUUGGGACAAGAUUGUAGAUGAUUGGAAAGGCUGGAAUAAGUGGAUCAAGGAGAAAGGUGGUAUUGGGAUUCAACAAAACAAGAGUUGGCAAUCUUGGUGGAAUGAUGAACAAGCUCACCUUCGUCGUUCAGGAUAUGGUGCUAGAUUGUUCGAAAUUCUUCUUUCGAUUCGGUUCUUCUUGUAUCAGUAUGGCUUGGUGUAUCAUCUUGACAUCUCCCAACAGAGCAAAAAUUUCCUGGUUUAUGUGCUUUCCUGGGUUGUGAUUCUUGCAGUUUUCCUGACGGUCAAGGCAGUGAACAUUGGAAGGCAACUCUUCAGUGCUCGUUACCAUCUGAUGUUUAGGUUCUUUAAAGCAUUCCUCUUCCUAAGUGUUUUCACCAUUGUUAUCACUCUCUCAGUCAUCUGUGAACUGUCGUCCAAGGAUUUACUUGUCUGCUGUCUUGCAUUUCUGCCGACUGGAUGGGGUCUGAUUUUGGUUGCUCAAGCUGUGAGGCCGAUUAUUGAGAACACCGGACUCUGGCAGUUCACUGAGGUACUAGCUAAGGCAUAUGAUUACGGAAUGGGAUCGAUCCUUUUCUCUCCGAUUGCUAUAUUGGCAUGGCUUCCGAUCAUUUCAGCAUUCCAAACUCGAUUCCUUUUCAACCAGGCUUUCAAUAGGCAUCUCCAAAUCCAACCAAUUCUUGAAGGGAAGAAGAAGCAAAAAUAAAGUUUUGACAUUCAUAAACAUUCUGCCCAUUAAUUUAUUUGUACAUUUCAAAGAGAUAUAAUAUAUAGUUGUAAAUAACAAUGAUUCAUUACUUUAAAAUAAUACACCUCAAAAUUUCAGUAGAUAAA